GAGAUGUUACUACAUACUUACAUAUAUACAGUAGAUGUUCCACGUGGUUGAAGUAUUAGGAAUUGUGCAUGGUUUUGUAAUAUGUGUAUUUGUUGUUGAAAAUGGAUACUAAUUGUGAUUUAAUAAAAACAAUCGAAGAUGAUCAGGAAGUGCCAAAUUUCUCUGAAGAUUCUGAUGUCGAAGAUGAUUUUCAGCCUAGGAAACAAAAGAAAAAGGAAAAUAAGGAUUUCGAUAACAAUUUUCAAUUUGUAAAUGAUAUUUCCGAUUACAAUAAAGACACAUGGAAUGACUUAAACAAGUAUAUUAAACGAAAAGCUAAGACAAAACUUGAUGAUAAAAUUAAAAGAAUUAAAAGAGGAUCCGAAUUUAAAAUACAAAAUGAAAUAGAUAACGAAUCCAAUAUAGACUUAUCUGAAAUUAAAAAAGAAGAUGAUGAACUAUCUUUAUCAGAAGACGAGCUUAGAAAAGAUAUAUUUAAAACUAAAGAAAAGAAAAGCAAAAAGAAAGUGGUUGUUAAAGAAAAUGAUGAAGAAACAAUUAACUUUGAGGAAUAUUCAAAUAUAGAAACUCAUGCAACAUUUUACCAAAUGAAUUUGUCGCGUCCUUUAUUAAAGGCUAUAACAGCCAUGAAUUUUGUGCAUCCAACACCUAUACAAGCUGCUACCAUUCCUGUUGCAUUAAUGGGUCGUGAUAUAUGUGGUUGUGCUGCUACAGGUACUGGUAAAACUGCAGCUUAUAUGUUACCAACACUAGAAAGAUUAUUAUAUAGGCCAUUAGAUGGUCCUUCUAUUUCUCGUGUUCUUGUACUUGUUCCAACAAGAGAACUUGGUGUGCAAGUGUAUCAAGUUACAAAACAGUUAUCUCAAUUUACAACAAUUGAAGUAGGAUUAUCUGUUGGUGGUUUAGAUGUGAAAGUUCAAGAGGCUGUAUUAAGGAAGAAUCCAGAUAUAGUAAUAGCUACUCCAGGAAGAUUAAUUGAUCAUUUAAGAAAUACGCCAUCGUUUUCAUUAGACAGCAUUGAAGUGCUUAUAUUAGAUGAGGCAGAUAGGAUGUUAGAUGAAUACUUUGCAGAACAGAUGAAGUACAUAGUAAAACAAUGUUCAAGAAGCAGACAAACAAUUUUAUUCUCAGCUACUAUGACUGAAGAAGUGAAAGAUUUGGCUGCUGUAUCUUUAGAUAAACCAGUUAAAGUUUUUGUAGAUAGCAAUCAAGACGUUGCUUUUAAUUUACGCCAAGAAUUUAUUCGGAUACGAAAAGAAAGAGAAGGAGAUCGUGAGGCAAUUUUGGCGGCCCUAAUUUGUAGAACCUUUCAUGAUCAUGUCAUGGUCUUUGUGCAAACAAAAAAACAAGCUCAUAGAUUACACAUUUUAUUAGGGUUAUUAGGCAUCAAGGUAGGAGAACUUCAUGGUAAUCUUACACAACCACAACGUCUAGAAAAUUUAACAAAAUUUAAAAAUGAAGAAAUAGAUAUUUUAUUAGCAACAGAUGUUGCUGCAAGAGGUUUAGAUAUUAGUGGGGUAAAAACUGUAAUUAAUUUCGUAAUGCCAGUUACCAUGCAACAUUACAUUCAUAGAGUUGGGAGAACAGCUAGAGCUGGUCGUGUUGGAGUGUCAGUAUCACUAGCUGGAGAACAAGAACGUUCUUUGGUUAAAGAAAUUAUUAAAAAUGCAAAAAAUCCAGUAAAGAAUCGAAUAAUACUUCCUGAUAUAAUCGACAAAUAUUCUAAAAAAUUACAGUCUCUUGAAACCGAUGUAAAUAAAAUUUUAGAAGAAGAACGAAAUGAAAGGGAAUUAGCUAAGAUAGAAAAUCAAGCAAAUCGAGCAGAAAAAUUAUUAAAAAAUGAAAGUAAUAAAGGUACUCAAAGAACUUGGUUCCAAACUCAGAAAGAAAGAAAAGAAGAAAAAGAGAAAUUAUCAUUGACUGAAAAACAAAACACAAAUAAAGGGCAGAAACAAAACAAGGAGCCAUCAAACAUAAUUGAAGAAAAGAAAAAGAGAUCUAAAGAACCUAAACAGGAAACAGCAGAGGAUAGAGCCAAAAAAGAAUUAGAAAAAAUUGCAGCAUACCAAGCAAGACUAGCUAAGAGAAAGAACAAACAAAAUAAAAUCCGGACAGUUGUAGAGAAUGAUAAAUUUUCAUCUAAUAGAAAAGCAUCGCUAAAACGGCCAAAAUCUUCAUUUGCUGCUGACUUAACAAAUACAAGCAAGAAAGCUGUGAAAAAAAUGCGUUACGAGGCAAAUGUUAAAAAAAAUCAAAGUAAAAGAAAAAGUGCAAAAAGUUUAAACAUAGGAAAAAAGGAUAGUAGAUCAAAUUUUAAAAGACGUUAAUUUUGAUAUUUGUAACUAUAUCUUAUUAAAUACAUACCAUUUUA